AGCAGCACUAGCAGUCUAGCACAGCCAGCAGUAUUAGUCUGGUGGUAGACACGGUCCGAGAAGCACCGAAUUCUCUUACAGUGUCUCUGUCCCUCUUGUCCCCUCGUUCUCAUUCACAGGCUUUUUUUCGAGAGUGAAAGGAAGGUGGGGCCAUCUUUGCCUCCGUAUCUUUCCCCAUCGUUCUUAUCGAGUGAGUUCGUUAUACUAAUCGCUUUGCCAGAAGUUUGACGUACCGUUAAAAAAAAAUACACGUUAUCCCUUCUUAUAGGCAGAAACUUCUGUGAUCUAUUUCUAGAUUGUGUUUACCUUGGAGAAGCGGUUCAAAGGUGUGGGUGAUGAGGAGUGGGUGGGUGGUGUGGGCAGUCUGGGCGAUAUGGUGUGGGUGUGUGGGGUUUGCCUGGGAUCAGGUGGGCAAUUGUAACCGGAAUCCACUUGGAAUCGAAAGUCCCAGGAUUCCCGGGGAUAAUGGAUACAAGAUCAAGAUCAGCGGCAACCCGGAGAAGUACGUGCCAGGAGAAGUUUACACAGUGAGUCUGCAAGGAUGGAGGACUCAGUACUCAGUGCAGAAAUUCACGGGAUUCAUGCUGGUGGUGGAGGCGUCCCAGCAGACGCAGACGAAUCUCUAUGGACCGCGCAGCGUUGGAACCUUCCAGCUGUACGGCGACGCCCUCACCAUGCAUUCCGAAGACUGCCCCAACGCUGUCAUACAGACCUCCUCGAUCUCCAAGAGUGAAAUCCAGGUGCUUUGGACCGCUCCUCCCGCCGGCUCAGGAUGCGUCAUCUUCAGGGCCACGGUGGUGGAGAACCGUGACCAGUGGUACAAGGACGAUGGGGAACUAUCGAGGGAGUUGUGUGAGGAAGUGCAAGAGAACGAAGACAAGCAGCCGGAGGUCAUCUACGACUGCUGCGCCUGCGACGAAGCUAAGUACGAGGUGACGUUCGAAGGCAUGUGGUCACGCCACACCCAUCCCAAGGAUUUCCCCAGCAAUGCCUUCCUUACCCAUUUCUCCGACAUCAUCGGCGCUUCGCAUUCCGCCAAUUACCGCGUCUGGGAGUAUGGCGGCUUCAGCUCGGAUGGACUCCGUCAGGUUGCCGAGUGGGGGUCGACGAGGGCCUUGGAGAGCGAGCUCAAGCAACAGAGUGACCACAUUAGGACGAUCAUCAAAGCCAGAGGUCUUUGGUACCCCAAUGUCAACGGAAAGACCUUCGCAGUGUUCCGAGUCGACAACCGACACCACCUCAUGUCCCUGGUAUCCAUGUUAGGACCCAGUCCGGAUUGGAUUGUUGGCGUGUCUGCUUUAGAACUUUGUCUAAGGAACUGCUCUUGGGUGGAUCAGAAAACUUUGAAUCUCUAUCCCUGGGACGCAGGCACUGAUUCUGGUGUCACCUAUGAGUCUGCCAAUGCUCCAACUAUCCCAAGAGAGAAAAUCCGACGAAUCACCAACAACUAUCCCAACGACCCCAAGUCUCCAUUCUAUGAUCCUACAGGUUUGCCCAUGAAACCUCUAGCUCGGCUCACCAUCACCAGGCAGAGGGUUUAUGAAAAAUCUUGCUCUGACACAAGCCUUCUCCCAGGUUAUGCGACAGAUUACACUGAACGCUCGGAUGAUGAUUCUAGACCUGAAUGCCACGUCACUUCUUGGAGUCACUGGACGACAUGCUCGGCGACUUGUGGUAAAGGACUGAGAACAAGAACAAGGACUUACCUCAUGCCGAUGAAGGCAAGCAUGUCAGAUUGCCAGAGGCAGUUAGAAGAGAAGGAGAUGUGCGCUGCGUCGGUUACUUACUGCCCCGGAGGUAGCUUUAUCGAACCAGAAGCUAUAAUUGACACCGUAGACCAACGUGUCUGUGUUACCACAGAAUGGUCAUCUUGGUCACAUUGCUCGGCUACUUGUGGUGAAGGUCAGCGCAUGCGCAAUCGUCGUUAUCUUAAUCGCAUGGGUAGAAAAAAAUGCUUGAAGCCAACCACAGAAAAAGAUACCUGUGUUGCUGACACACCAGUAUGCGAUGAUGAUCCAGGAGACGAAAUUAGUCCUGAUUGUGCUGUGACCCAGUGGACAGACUGGUCCCCUUGCUCUGUGACCUGUGGUGAAGGAGCAAUAACAAGGACUCGACAUUUCCUGGUUCCUGCUGCAAGCCGUGAUAACUGCUAUGUAAAAAGAAUGGAUAAAAGGCCAUGUUUUGGGGAACGCAGGAACUGUACUGUUGAUCCAGAAGAACGUGAGGUUCCGGAUUGCAACGUCUUCAGGCGCCUUAACUUGAGCAUCCAUGACCAAAUGCAGUUCGAAGUGUGGUGUAAACUUGGGCGAGAUAAGACGGCUGACUAUACCCACUCUGAAGGAAAGUUAGCUUCAAAGGAUAGACAGAGAAAUAGGAGGAGGAGGAAUGAGGUGUGCAUGCAAGAAAGAGAAGGUGGCCCUUGCCGAGGAAGCUUCAUACGUUGGUACUUCAAUCCUGCAACACAAACCUGCAAGGAUUUUAACUUUGGAGGUUGUAGGGGUAACCGCAACAACUUUGAAAGCUAUGAAGAGUGUAUGCAAAUGUGUGGCAUGAAUGCACAGCCAGGAGCUAUUUAUGCUGACCCUGGUCCCAUGGCCAUUUCUGGAGAUAAAGUGGACUGCAUGGUGACAGAAUGGUCAGAAUGGUCUCCAUGUUCUGCAACUUGUGGCAGAGGUAGAAAAGAGAAGAUAAGAAUGAUAAAGGUUCAUCCACAGAAUAAUGGAAAAAAAUGUCCAAGGAAGUUAAAGAAGACUAGGAAAUGUAAUGAACCUAAAUGCAAUGAUGGCUAUAAUGGCCUCAAGAGCAUGAGUUUACGGCGUGACGAGCAUUUAGUGCCUUUUGAACCUGACACCCAUCACAAGCCUAAGGAGCAUCACUCACACUCGCAUUACGAAAAUUAUGAAGAGUAUAUUGCUCCUGCCCUUUUUAAUCCACCACCCUUAGAAGAUCCACAUGGUCCUGAAACCUAUGGAGGCCAUAUUUAUUUACAUGGGUCUCCUGAAGACCAUUUUGAUGAUGGCACAAAGGAUGAUUGUGUGAUGGGAGAGUGGGGACCAUGGUCUCCCUGCACACAUUCUUGUGGCGAAGCUUUACAGCAACGUUCCAGAACCAUAAUUGUCUCUCCAAGAAAUGGAGGUACCCCAUGUGGUGAUCGCUUUGAACGCCGCUACUGCACACUUCCACCUUGUUCACCCAUUAGGUCUAAUAGCUGGGGUAUUCAGUAUAAGAGUUCUUGGAGAAAUACUGAUGAAUACUGAAGAUGAAUCAAGGGUUAAGAAAAAUAGCGUUGUCUCUGUUGCCUCAGACUGGUGUGAUCUGUUGGUUUAAUGGGACAGCUUGUAAGGGGACUGACUGUCUUACUUGAAAUGGAAGAUUACCUGUUACUAUACAAGGUGUACCUUGAAGUGGAGGAACUGUGUUUCUUACUAUAACCAUUAUAGUGUGAAAAGCUCAAAAAUUAUAAUGAUCCUAAUUCUUGUAGAAAGUUCUAGUCUGCACUUUUGUUUGUGCUUGUUAAAAGUUAUCAACAAUAUUCUUUGUUAUAUAUCACUACUCCCUUAUCAGGUUUUGACAGUUUUUGCUAUAGAAGGUAGGCCAAAUCAUGUAAAUGAGGUGUAAACUGAAAAAAGGUAAAAAAAAAUCUUCUAGAAAUGUAGUGCUUAAUAUGCUGAAGUAUUUGUAUUUUGUUUCAUUCUUUUACAAACUGGAUCACAUUCAUAAUGGAAUCAUUGAGAAAUUUUUUGGUUCAAAUGUACAUGUUCACUUGAUCUUUUGUCUGAUUCUCAUGAUUUUGAAAUCUGACCUCUUUUAGAAUGUCAGUUACAAUAGAUAGUUUAACUCCAGUGGUGUGGUUAAAGUAUCGUUCAUUAUCAUUAGCUACUAACAUUUUUGAAAAUUAGAUCAGAUUUCAAGAUCAAAAAGUGUCAAGAUCAUAAAGUGUAAACUAGUUCAAAAAAUGUUUAUAUAUAAUAAUACAUACAUAAAUAUAUUUACACUGGUUAAAGUACAGAAUGUAAUAAUAAGCAGGUAAAUGUGUACAAUGCAAUCAAGUAAGUCGUAGGAGCAUGAACCAUUCAUUACAUGUGAAAAGAUUUGUUUAACAAAUAAGUUAUUGACACACUUUGACAAGUACAACGAUCAUGGUCACUACCUCCCAGCCCCAGUUAGGUCGUGUGAUUCCACCAGCCAGUCACUGUAUAUAUAUAUGUAUAAACAUAUUCUGUAACCUAUGAUUAAUAUUGUAUGUGCAUAAUAAUACAAACUCAGCAGAGACAAACAUGUUUAUAGAAUGUUACACACCCCCACCCCCCAAAAUACCCUUCCAUUUACCAUUACCAAUUUUAGCUAGAUGAAUGGUGGGGUGAAUCCACAUAAGUCUUUAUUAGAGCGGAUUGGAUAAAUCCUGCAGGCUGUUCCAAAAACAUACAGACCAGAGCAACUAUUUCAGCAACCAAGUAAGCUUUAACAGUAGAAGACCAAAAUGAUGUUAGUUAAAUAACAGAGUAAAUUAAAUAUUUGCAGUGUUGCUUACCUUCUCUGUAAACUUUCGGCUUUGCUAUGGUCAGCAUAUUUAUUUGUUACAUCACAAAAAUCUAUAUACUAUUGCAAUUGUCUUAUGCAAAUUAGUAUACUUUGCUCUAUAGUAUCACACAGCGCCUCAGUGGCGUGGUUGGUUUGGUGUUUGCUUCUCACCUCGGUGGUCGCGGGUUCGAUUCUUGGCCAUUCCAUUGAGGAGUGAGGGAUGUGUAUUUCUGGUGAUAGAAGUUCACUCUCGACGUGGUUCGGAAAUCACGUAAAGCCGUUGGUCCCGUUGCUGAAUAACCACUAGGUUCCAUGCAACGUAAAAACACCAUACAAAAAAAAAAAAAAAAUCUAUAGUAUCAUACCUGUAUAAGACAGAAUCAAGCAACCUUUCCUUGGGAAAAAAGUUGAGCAUUAAAAUUUAUGAGUAAAACAUGACCAAUGUGCUGUAAUAUAACUUUGCGACAAUUACCCUAACUAAAACAGGAAAUUGAUUUUCAAUAGAAUCUGAAGUAAUUUGGCCAUAAUUAUGUUUAUCAAGUUUGGACAUAUAAUUAAGUUUAUCCAAAGAAUGUCGGUUAAACAGGAAAUGUUUAUCAAGACUAAAAAAACCCAUAGCAAACCCAUUAGUCUCAGGGAUGUCUGGUAGCUUUUUGGAACAUACCAUGUGAUUUGAUGCAUGUAACAUAAUAUAAAUCAUUUCUUUAUAAUGAAGUGAUAUUCAUAUUGUGCCUCGUAUUAGAGGUCUGGAAUGUUUAUAUUACAAACCUUUGGGAAUAAUUUUUUUAACUAACAGAUAUGAAGAGUAUUAGAUUAAUUGAAGGCUUUUAUUUGAAAAAUUGUUUAAGCUUUUUUCAAGUCCAAGUACUUUAACAAGCCUAAUCUGACAGGUACAUUUAUUCUUCACAGGGCCAAUAUGCUGAAACUAUUUUCACCUUCAUGUUUAUGACAAAUCCAGUGUAGACUAUAUUAUGGUACCCUGGCUUAUGCAUAGAAUAAAGCAAAGGACUUUGAUUUUGAAGCUCUUGACUUUGACAUUACAUGACAACAGCAUAACACCAACUACAAUGGCCAAAUGGCACUUAUCUAGAAGGGUGGAUUUUACAGGUGGAAACAUACAUACGAUCGGCUAUAAAAUGUGGUCAAAUAACUUAAACUUAAGCUUUUUCUCCUUUGAAAAAUAACCAUAUUGAGACUUACUAUGGUAAAAAAAAAAAGUGUUAUUUAAAUAAAUAAAACUAAUAAUCUGUGGCCCUAUAUUGGCAUGCAAUGGCAGGAUAUUACAUUCCAAGUGUUUUGCCAUUUAAUACCAUGUAGCAAGGAUACUUUUGUUUAUAAAAGUAAUACUUCUCAGGACCACACAUUUUGUUACUGGGAACUUCUGUGAACCUCAAAACUGUUUCAUAAAUAAAACAUUAGAAAUAUUCCAUACAAUGAAGUCAAGUUACUCAAAUUUAGGAUUCCUAAAACUUGCUAGUAGCACUAAGGGAACUGUAACUAUUUACCCUGAAUGUAAGCAUCCUAGCUCUGUGGCAGGUAGAACAAGAUUUCCUAGAUCAGAAUGGAACUCGGUAUAAUUUGGAAAAAAUUAAUCUAAAAGUAAAAUCAACUUGCUCAACAACCACACACUAUGACACCUAGUUUUUGGAUAAAAGUUUUGAUGCAAGAGAUCAGUUUUGUUCUGAAUUUCCAUCAUUCAUUAGAGGGUGGCCAGACAAGUAAGGGGUCAGCAAUUACUGCCACAGUCUUUUACUGCUAAAUCAAGGAUGAACUAGCAUUAUAAAAGUCCACAGCUUCAGUCUUACAAUGCGUAGUAAAUACAUCCAUGCAUUCUCAAAUACUGUACAUAUACAUGACCCACAUGCAUAAAUAGUGUAAUCCAUCUUAACUUUAUAUUCACUGUACCAUAAUAAGGAGCUUACACUGAAUUUGACAUUGUCAGAAGAGUUGACUAUAGAUUUAAAAUGAAGUAUUUUUUCAUCUAAAGCAUUAAGGUAAUCAUUUGCAUGUUAUGUUAUACUGUAUAAGGAUUAUAAUAUACUUAACAUUGAGAUAUUUGUAGAGAUCUGUCAUAUUUGCAGUGAAAUAAACUAAUUUGUAAA